AUCGCAAUUCACCAAUUUCCAUAGCAGAGGAAGAAGAAAGAGUUUACUCCAAUGGCGUCUGGAUGGGGAAUUACAGGGAAUAAAGGACGAUGCUAUGAUUUCUGGAUGGAUUUCAGUGAGUGUAUGUCUCGAUGCAGGGAGCCCAAGGACUGUGUACUUCUUAGAGAAGACUACUUCGAGUGUCUUCAUCAUUCCAAAGAGUAUCAACGUAGGAACCGAAUCUACAAAGAGGAGCAGCGCCAAUUGAGAGCUGCUUCACAAAAGAAAAAGGAAGGUGUAGAUGGUGGUGGUGGUGGUCAUCACUGACCUUUGUUAUUCUUGAUCAAUCAUGGUUUUAUCAACCAAAAGACAUUGAAGUAAACUGUAUGUCGUUUUGAAUUUUGAAAUAAAGAAUUAUAUCAGUUGCAUUUGAUGUGAGUUGCAUCAUUGAAAUGACUCAGUUCAGUUUCUUUCUCAUAUUGCCUGGCCUUUGUUUUGUUGGUGAUAAGCAACAUAUAUUUUAAGGGCACAUUUACUUCUUA